AUGCCAAAUCUUGACGAAUUGCUGAAGGAUACACCCACCCAUAUUUUCGCUACAGUUUGGUUUCAGUGGCGAAAGACGAAGUUCUAUCCUACUCAUUAUAGUGAACUGGUCCGCCUUGCUGCUCUCUACAAAUACGGUGGUAUAUAUCUUGAUUCUGAUAUCAUAGUUUUAAAUUCACUGUCUUCACUCAAUAAUACUGUUGGUCUGGAGAAUCCACUAGCUGGAAGUUCUUUGAAUGGGGCGGUGAUGGCAUUUAGAAAGCACAGUCCGUUUAUAAUUGAGUGUUUGAAUGAGUUCUAUAUGACUUAUGAUGAUACUCGUUUGAGAUGGAACGGGGCUGAUCUUUUGACGAGAGUUGCAAGAAAUUUUUUGAGUAAGGAGAAUAAGUCCAUUAAUCAGUGGGAGUUGAAAGUGCAACCCUCUUAUGUGUUCUUCCCCAUUAGUUCACAGAAUAUUACCAGAUACUUGACCACUCCGGCAAAUGAGAAUGAAAAAGCUCACCAAGAUGCUCUCUUUGAAAAGAUUCUCAGUGAGUCGUUGACAUUUCAUUUUUGGAAUAGCUUGACAUCUACUCUCACUCCAGAGCCAGAGAGUCUCGUCUCCCGGCUUAUUGAUCGCUCCUGUAUCCAUUGCUUUGACAUUGGUCAGUGGAUGAGGAAGCAGAUUGAAUCCGUGAUUGAGCCCUUCGUUAAACUGCGAAAAUCAACCAGGGAUUAUUCGAUCUUCAUUGGAAUGGCAAUUACAAAUCAGUGGAGAAGGCGCAGAUUGACCAUAUGCUCCCUGGAUGAUGCCUUCAGAUGA